CCAGGAGGGGACGAAGUCGCAGAACUCCCGAGAAGGAGGGAGCUACUCCGCCUAGCCUGCUGAAAAACACUCGAAAUCACCUUCCCAUCCAGAAACUCAAGCAAUCGGCAGUCCUCAAGACAUUUUUCAUUUACUGGAAUACUAUUUUUUUAAUUCUUAACAUAUUAUACUUGAAGAAAGUAUUGAUAGUUUUUUUUACCCCCUUACUAUUUGCACUAACAGUACUUCACAACUACUGAGAUCCUCAUCCCCCCGCUAAAAAAAUAAAGUUUCACACUGUGUGGAAAGAAAGCUCUUCUGCAAGUACUGCACUUUUACCCCCCGAACACAUUUCACCCACAUUUCGGUCCCUUAGGCCAUUCUGCCCGAAGAGCACCCGCGUUGCCAACCACGGCUAAACCAAGCAGACCCAGUAGACCCAUUGACACGCACGCCCAGUCUCCACUCACCUGGUAAAAGUCAGCAGUCAGCUAUGCAGCUUGAAAUCCAAGUAGCUCUCAACUUCAUCAUCUCCUACCUGUACAACAAGCUGCCCAGACGGCGGGUCAACAUCUUCGGCGAGGAGCUGGAGCGGCAAUUGAAGCAGAAAUACGAGGGACACUGGUACCCGGACAAGCCAUACAAGGGCUCGGGCUUCAGGUGCAUCCACGUGGGGGAGAAGGUGGACCCUGUGGUGGAGAAGGCAGCCAAAGAGAGUGGACUGGACAUCAAUGAUGUCCGCAACAACCUUCCCCAGGACCUCAGCGUGUGGAUUGACCCCUAUGAGGUCUCCUACCAGAUCGGGGAAAAGGGCCCCGUCAAAGUGCUGUAUGUUGACGACAGCAAUGAGAGCGCGGCGAGCAGCGGGGGGCUCGAUCUGGACAAGGAGAUCAAGAACAGUUUCAAUCCGGACGCGCAGGUGUUCAUGCCCAUCAAUGAGCCCAUAGGCGGCGGCGCCUCCCCGGGCUCCAGCUCGCCCUCUCCUCCUUUUGGCCACUCGGCGGCGGUCAGCCCCACUUUCAUGCCCCGCUCCACGCAGCCUUUAACCUUCACCACCGCCACCUUCGCCGCCACCAAGUUCGGCUCCACAAAGAUGAAGAGCAGCGGGCGCAGCAGCAACAACAACAACAACAACGGCACUAACGCCACGAACAAGGCGGCACGCACGUCUCCCACCAACCUGGGCCUGAAUGUGAACACUCUCUUGAAGCAGAAAGCCAUUUCCACCUCCAUGCACUCUCUCUACGGGCUGGGCCUGGGAACGCAGCCGCAGCCGCAGGCCAAGCCCUCGGCCCUGUCCCCCAACGCCAAGGAGUUUGUGUUCCCCAGCCUGCAGGGCCUGGGCACCCAGAGCACCCUCUUCCCGGGGGACAGCUCACUCGGUCUGGGCCCGCUUCAGUACAGCAACGCCUUCGACGUGUUCGCGGCCUACGGCGGCCUUAACGACAAGUCCCUGAUGGAUGGUUUAAAUUUCAGCUUGAGUAACAUGCAGUAUUCUAACCAGCAAUUCCAGCCAGUCAUGGCCAACUAGUACACCAAGCUAAUACUUCACACAGCAACGACCAGAUAAUGUGACCGCUAGUGGUGGUGGGAGAAGGAUGUCUGAAACUCAAAUGCACAUGUAGAAAAAAAAGAACAGAAUGUCAAGGUUAAUAGGAAAUGUGACGUCAACUAUAAGAUCUCAGUCACAACUCUUAAGAAUACGAGCCCGAGGGUGAACUACUUUGCCCCCUUGAGUUACAACUUUUCUUUUUACCCUCAGUGGUGACGCUUGUUGUACGAGAUGUCCAAGCUUGGUUACCUAAACAUCAACUUGCGUUAUUGUUAUUUCAUUUGCCAACCAAGCACAAAAUAUUUUUUUAUGUUACUGUUUAAGAUAUAUUUAAAUAAAAAAGACAAAAAACAAAACAAACAAAAAACAAAAACAAAACAAAAAAACACCACCACAAGUCAUGGCCUCUUUCAGUAUUUUGACAGAACUGGACAUUGCCAAUCUUUCAAGAAAUUGGCAAAGCUAAGUGGGAUUUUCUGGUCUUUUUUCUAAUUGUAUAAUUUAAUUUAGUACAGAGUUUGUAAAGUAUCAGAGUAUCUAUUGUUUCUACGACACGGUAUUGCAUUUAUAUCUUUUUACUACUUCAGUGAUCUGUGAUGGCUGCAGCAACUUUGUUUUCUUUUUUAUUGAAAUUAUAAAAAUGAAUUCAUCUUUCAAAAAAAUUGACUAUUGACUACUCUAAAGAUUGUGUACAGAAUAUUCCGUAGUGGUGGGAUUUAAGAAUAUUUGCUUUUUUGGCAGGAAAAAAACAGAGUUGUAUUUUCUGUUAAGAGUAAAAAAAGAUUUUUGCUAUAUUAUGGACAAAAUGUAAUCGUAUAUUAAUUUUGUACCUACAUCGUGCAAUACUUGAUAAAAACAACGGUAUAACAAAGUAUUCGGAGUCAGUGUCUUACAUGUUAACCGGAACUGAUAGUUUAUUAAGUUUGUAUUAAAAGGCUUGAAAAUAA